AACCAAGCCCAAUACUUACUAGUCCAAGCCUACCUUCGGACACGAACCCACCCAAGGCAAAUACGCGGCAAGCGGUUUUUGACAUGGCCCCUAGUUUUCCAAAUCUGUCGUGUAAUAAGACAUAUGGCGAUCAAUCUUGGCAAACCCAUCAAAGUGAGGGAAGACCAAAGUGGAUAGCACCAAGAAAGAAACUUUACAAUCGGAAGCCAAUAUGGUGGGACACUGGACCGUGACUAAGCCAAGCCGGAGCGACGAGGUUUUGGAUACGGAUCAACAGCUGCAAAUAGCCAACCAAGUCAGAGCUCAGUUCGAUUCUAUUGCCCCGAAACGACCUGCCAAGCCGAACAGAAGUGAGUCAGAGUCAGAUACAACGCCUCCAAAACCAGUUCCCUCUGACGCAGACCAAAUUCCUGAGCUCGACAGGCUUCGAUCUCUGCAAUCUCAAUCCUCUGGAAUUUUUUCUGCAGAAGGGGCCCUUGUGGAGCAAGAUGAGUUUGUAGAGACCCACUACUAUAAGGAAUUGGAUUCCAUUGACAAGCAGCAUCAUACGACGGGAAGUGGAUUCAUAAGGGUCGUGGGAGAAGAAAAUACAAAUGGAUACAACAUUGAAUUGCCAAGAGGCCAUGGUGUCGACUCUCUGGUCUCAGGUUGCAGAAGCAACCCCGCAACAAAUGAUUGGAUUCCCAACCUUGUCGUCGACGAUCAGGCCUUUGUUUCAUCCAAGCCAAAUCGGAGCGAGGGGAGCUAGAACUGUGACGAAUGAGACGGAGAAACCUGUGUCGACUUUUUUCUUAAAAUAUUAUUAUUGUCGUAUCGUGUAAUAGUAAGAUUGGAUUAGGAUGGGUUUGGUGGAUGCUUAAAAUUUUCAUGUUCCUGUGGUCGACUAUUCAACUGAGACAGAAACCUUCUGUCUGACGGUCCACCGUUUGCUGCUUUUUUUUUUUGCUUUUUUUUUUUUUGACAUUUAUGUCUGUACUAAUAUUAAUGGUUGUCAUCAAAGAGGAGAAGGUAUGGGCUCUUCUAGAUGGUCUUGCCUGGGUGGAGAAUCGGAUGAAUAACAAUCAGCUGUCUGAUCAAA